AUGGAAUCGCCAUCGGAAGAUACAAAGAAAGUAGCAGUUAGGUCAUCAAUCGUCGAGUCGAUUCGCGGUUGCGGCCUCUCCGGCCUCCGUAUUGACAAAGAAGACUUGAAGAAGCAGCUCACCAUACCGCAGUAUCUCCGCUUCGCAAUGCGUGAUUCCAUUCGUCUUCAGGAUCCCGCCGCCGGUGAGCCUCUUUACCGGAAUCGCGCAGAAGGAGAGGAUGCGACUGUUCCUUCUUCUCCUAUGGUGGUUUUCAUUAACUCACGUAGCGGCGGCCGGCACGGUCCCGCUCUUAAACUGAGGCUCCAGCAACUCAUGAGCGAAGAACAGGUUUUUGAUCUAUCAGAUGUGAAGCCUCAUGAAUUUGUAAAGUAUGGAUUGGCUUGUUUGGAGAUGUUGGCUGCUCUCGGUGAUUCUUGUGCUAAAGAAACUCGUCAAAGACUCAGGGUUAUGGUUGCUGGAGGUGACGGUACAGUUGGCUGGGUGUUAGGAUGUCUUACAGAACUUCGCCAGCUAGGACGAGAACCAGUUCCUCCGAUUGGGAUCGUACCACUUGGGACUGGAAAUGAUCUCUCUAGGAGUUUUAAUUGGGGUGGUUCAUUUCCUUUUGCUUGGAGGUCAGCUAUCAAGAGAAUUCUACAAAAGGCUAGCACUGGGCCAAUUCUUAGUUUGGAUAGUUGGCGACUUUCCAUUACAAUGCCUGAAGGCACGCCCGUUAAACCACCACAUUGUUUGAAGCACGCAGAAGAGUUCACUCUUGAUCAGGUUGGCAUAGAAAUUGAGGGAGAACUGCCUGAGAAAGUUGCAAGUUAUGAAGGCGUGUACUAUAAUUACUUCAGCAUAGGAAUGGAUGCCCGGGUUGCUUAUGGUUUCCAUCAUCUACGUGAUGAAAAACCCUACCUUGCAAGUGGUCCAAUUGCAAAUAAGAUUAUUUAUUCUGGUUACAGUUGUACUCAGGGAUGGUUCUUCACACCUUGCACAAGCGAUCCAGGUCUAAGGGGGCUUAGAAAUAUUUUGCGAAUGCAUAUCAAAAGGGUUAAUAGCUCAGAGUGGGAGCAAGUUACAAUACCUAAAAGUGUAAGGGCAAUAGUUGCUUUGAAUCUUCAUAGCUAUGGAAGUGGAAGAAACCCAUGGGGUAAACCGAAACCCGAAUAUUUGGAGAAGAAAGGCUUUGUUGAAGCUGAUGUAGCUGAUGGGCUCUUGGAAAUAUUUGGCUUAAAGCAAGGAUGGCAUGCAUCAUUUGUCAUGGUUGAUUUGAUCAGUGCGAAGCACAUCGCUCAGGCAGCAGCUAUUCGUUUAGAACUCAGAGGUGGAGGGUGGAAAAAUGCGUAUUUGCAAAUGGAUGGAGAACCCUGGAAACAGCCAAUAAGCAAGGACUUCUCCACAUUUGUGGAGAUAAAGAGGGAGCCUUUCCAGUCACUCGUGGUUGGCGGAAAGUGA